AUGCUUGCAUGCGGUCCAGAUGUGACAGUCAUGAUUCGCAAGGGAGACGAGGGCACGUAUGAGCCGCUCUCAGCCUCAGGCGUCAAGAAGGCCAAGAAGAUGUAUGACAUGACCAUAAAGAAGAAGCAAAAGGCGGGUGAACAAGCCGCGCAGGAAGCGGAGCGCGCUGAGCAGGACCGGAAGAAACUCGAAGAGAGCAAGAAGAUCGUUAUUGAGCCGCCGUCCGAUGCGGCACCGGCGAAGCGCAUCAAGAUUUGUGCUGGCGUUCAGAACCGUGACGUGCGUGUGAAGGUUUGUGGCUGGGUUCAUCGCCUUCGUUCGCAGAAGGAUCGUAUGUUCCUCGUGCUCCGUGAUGGUACGGGCUACCUGCAAUGUGUACUGCAGGGCGCGUUGAUCCAGACGUACGAUGCUCUCACACUGACGCUUGAAAGCUCCGUCGAGCUGUAUGGCGUGAUCAAAACGCUGCCAGAGGGCAAGACGGCACCGGACAACCAUGAACUCGUUGUCGACUACUGGACGUGUGUGGGCAAGGCACCAGGCGGUGACGAUGCAAUCAUGAAUCGCGUGUCGGAAAAUGCGGAUCCAUCGAUCCUCGCCGACAACCGACACCUCGUGCUCCGGGGCGAGACGGCCUCGGCCAUCCUGCGUGUGCGCGCCGCUGUCUUGGACGGCUUCCGGGCAGAGUUUGCGUCGUCUGGCAUGUUGGAAGUGACGCCGCCCUGCAUGGUGCAGACCCAGGUCGAGGGGGGUGCGACACUCUUCCAAUUCGACUACUAUGGACAAAAGUCAUUCCUCACUCAGAGCUCGCAGCUGUACCUCGAGACGUGCUUGCCAGCGUUGGGUGACGUGUACUGUGUGCAGGAGAGUUUCCGUGCUGAGAAGAGCCAUACACGCCGUCAUCUCAGUGAGUAUACGCACUUGGAAAUCGAGCUUGCAUUUGUGUCGUUCGACGAUCUCCUCUCGCACAUUGAGCAGGACAUUUGCGGCAUGGUCGAUCGCGUCCUGAAGGACGACAAAACACGUGCCCUAAUUGAGCAGCUCAACCCCGGCUUCCAGCCACCGAAGCGCCCAUUCUUGCGUCUGAACUACAAAGACGCCAUUGCGUACCUGAACGAGCACAACAUCACCAACGAGCACGGAGAGCCGCACAAGAUCGGCGAUGAUAUUGCCGAGGCGGCAGAGCGAAAAAUGACGGACCAGCUGGGUGUGCCGAUUCUGCUGCAUUCCUUCCCGCGGGAGAUCAAAGCGUUUUACAUGAAGCGUGUGCCAGGUGACGAGGCAUUCACGGAGAGCGUUGACCUCUUGAUGCCAGGCGUUGGUGAGAUUGUUGGUGGAAGUAUGAGGAUGACCGGCCAUGAUGAGCUUCUUGAUGCAUACAAGCGAGAGGGCAUUGAUCCUUCGCCUUACUACUGGUACACAGAGCAGCGCAAGUAUGGCACUUGUGAGCACGGUGGAUAUGGUUUGGGCGUCGAGCGCCUCUUGGCCUGGUUGACCAACCGGUGGACUGUGCGUGAAUGUUCGCUGUACCCACGGUGGACGGGCCGCUGCACGCCAUAG